AUGGGUCGCGUUCGUACCAAGACUGUCAAGAAGUCCGCCAAGGUCAUCAUUGAGCGGUACUACCCCCGUCUCACUCUCGACUUCGAGACCAACAAGCGCAUCUGCGAUGAGAUCGCCAUCAUUGCUUCCAAGCGCCUCCGCAACAAGAUUGCCGGCUACACCACCCACCUGAUGAAGCGUAUUCAGCGUGGACCCGUCCGUGGUAUCUCCUUCAAGCUUCAGGAGGAGGAGCGUGAGCGCAAGGAUCAGUUCGUUCCUGAGGUCUCUGCUCUUGACUUCUCCGAGGCUGGCCAGCUGGAUGUCGACAACGAGACCAAGGACCUGCUCAAGCACCUUGGCUUCGACUCCAUCCCCGUCAACGUCAUCCCCGUCUCUCAGGCUCAGGCCCCCGAGCGUGGCCAGCGCCGCUUCGGUGACCGCCCUCGUCGCGACUAA